GGGACCGAAUAUUAAUGGACCAAGUUGAUCCAAGGAUUGACGGUCCAAAGUCCAAACUCCAAAACGGGCCAACAAUUGGUCGGCCCAGUCUAAUUUCAUUGACGAUCCACUCAGAUCAGAUGCAGCAGAAAUGUUACCGUAGAACCGACGUAGAGACACCGGAGUCGAGACUCGAGUGCGAGAGAGAGGGAGAGAAGAUGUUUGUACGGAUGGUAGCGAGGCCGUUGAUGGUCAAGGUGAAGGAGACGACGGGGAUCGUGGGGCUAGAAGUGGUGCCGAACGCGAGGGAAGUACUGAUAAGUCUGUACGGGAAAACCCUAAAGGAGAUCCAGACGGUGCCGGAGGACGAAGGGUACCGGAAGGCCGUCGAGAGCUUCACGCGCCACCGCCUCAAGGUCUGCCAGGAGGAACAGGAUUGGGAGACGAUCGAGAAGCGCCUUGGUUGCGGCCAGGUUGAAGAGCUCAUCGAAGAGGCUCAGGACGAGCUCCAGCUCAUCGCCAAGAUGAUCGAGUGGGAUCCAUGGGGUGUGCCCGAUGACUACGAAUGUGAAGUAAUCGAGGAUGAUGCACCAGUUCCAAAACAUAUUCCCCUGCACCGACCUGGUCCUCUCCCUGAGGAAUUCUACAAGACAUUGGAGUCUGUUACUACCGGCAUGUUGCAGGAUAUGAUUGCACUCUCAAAAAAGGAUGGACCUGCAAUAACCUCUGGGGGGUUGCUACCAAAGGUGUAAUAGGAUGCUUGUCACUCGUUCCAGAUAUUUAGAAGGAAGUUGUAUCCUUGCUACCCUUUGGUUUUCUUAGUUCUUGUUCCUAAAAUAUGUAUGGGUUUGUUUGUUCUAAAAAGAUUUGUUUGCUGUUAGGAUCACAGCUUGAACCAUUGGUUAAUAUAAUAAUCUUCGCUUGAGCAGGUGUUGGGGAGAA